AUAUCGUGGUUGUAUCGUAAGAACUUUAAGAUUUUGCAGUUCCCUAUGGGCAGGAGUCCUGUUUGCUGCUACUUUACUGUACUAGGCUUAGAAUAUUUUAUGAAAAUAACUCACAGAUCAGCCUCUGAGAAGUUCAAGCCCCUCCUUCCCUUCCGGGACGGAGGAUCAUAGAGCUGUAUGGCGCAGCGAGGCCUCCUGGCGCCAUCGAGACGCGCAGAGGACGGCUAGAGCGUUGCUCGCCGAGAGACUUCCUCUUCGUUAGUCCUCCUUCCCAACAUGGCGCAGUCUAUUAACAUCACGGAGCUGAAUCUGCCGCAGCUAGAAAUGCUCAAGAACCAGCUGGACCAGGAAGUGGAAUUCUUGUCCACGUCCAUUGCCCAGCUCAAAGUGGUACAGACCAAGUAUGUGGAAGCCAAGGACUGUCUGAACGUGCUGAACAAGAGCAACGAGGGGAAAGAAUUACUUGUCCCACUGACGAGUUCUAUGUAUGUCCCUGGGAAGCUGCAUGAUGUGGAACAUGUGCUCAUCGAUGUGGGAACUGGGUACUAUGUAGAGAAGACAGCUGAGGAUGCCAAGGACUUCUUCAAGAGGAAAAUAGAUUUUCUAACCAAACAGAUGGAGAAAAUCCAACCAGCUCUUCAGGAGAAGCACGCCAUGAAACAGGGUAAGUUUUUCCUGGGGCACCUCUUGACCCCGUCUAUCUCCAUGAUAAAGAACAUGGAUUGCAGAGUGAACCACGGGGGUGUCCUCUUUGCUGGAGUAAAACUACGUCUUAGUUUCUCUUUGGAAUCUUUAGAAUCUGUGUAUUGCAUAAUCACUAUCUGUAGAUACCUGGGUUGAGUGUUUGAGAAAUUUAGAGGAAGGAAAUCAUUUUUGUGCUUUGGUGGAGCUCCUAUUUAAUGAGGAUGGAAUGGGGGAAUGAGAUGAACACACAGGAAGGAAUCAUGAUCCAAAUGAACUAAAUACCAGCAAUUAUAACCCUGACUGCACAUGAGAAUCACUCAGGAAGUUUAAAAAGAAAGCCUGGGUCCAUUCCAGAUUGACUAAAUCAACUUGGAAGUCAAGGGAAGGGAAGUUGUACCAAGGUAUGUUUUUUUGUUUUAAAAAAGCUCCCCUCUGUUACAAUCAGGAUUCAGAACCAGUGUUCCGAAGGUAAAAAUCUUUCCACAUUAUAGUUUUCUGAUUAUGUCAGACUCAUUUAAUACCAAGUGUGUUCGUUUUUAUAUCUCUGAUUAGCAGGGUUUUUUUUCCCCGAGACAGUCUCAUUCUCACCACACCCAGCUGUGGUUAACAUAUUGAUUGAUGCAUUGUAGACCCUAAAUUUGUGUUAGCGACCCCACAGUGGAUCACUGAGUUAAAGUUUUAUUAACAGUGCCAGACACGGUGGCUGACGCCUGUAAUCCCAGCGCUUUGGGAAGCCGAGGCAGGUGGAUCACCUGAGGUCAGGAGUUCAAGACCAGCCUGGCCACCAUGGUGAAACUCCGUCUCUACUAAAAAUACGAAGUUAACCUGGGCAUGGUGGUGCAUGCCUGUAAUCUCAGCUAUUCGGGAGGAU